GAUGCUAUUUUGAAAACCUAACACGCUGUUCAUCUCAAGCGAUUGCGUGCUGCUGGUAUGCAGGCCGCACGCCCCCCGUCUUGCAACUGCUCUGCGAGACCCUCGCAGCCCGUGCUGCUGCUGCUCAAGGGCCAGCCGGGCAGCGGGAAGUCACACCUGGGGAGGGCGCUGUGUCGGCACCUCCGUUGGCCGCUCAUCGACAAGGACCUCGCCCGGAGCCCUUGCCAGCCCCUCGUGGCAGGCCACCUGGGCAUCGACUGGAACCAACUGAGCUAUGACAUCAUGUUUAGCUAUUGUGAGGCGCAGCUGGCGUGCGGGCUGAGCGCCGUCUUAGACUGCCCGCUGGCGCGGCGCUCGCUGUACGACCGCGCUGCAAAGCUGGCAGCCAAGCAUGGAGCGCGAGUGGCCCUCGUAGAGCUGGAGCCCAGCGACUGGCAGCUCUGGCGGCAGCGAGUGGAGCAGCGGGGAGCGCAGGAGAGGGGCACCGAGCAUGAGCACAAGCCCGGCAGCUGGGCGGACGUGCAGACCGUGCUGGCCAGAAACGGCGGCAGUGAGGAGUGGAGCGCUGCCCCAGACAUCGGCCUGGACCUAAGGUGCAGGCUGGACAGCACCGGGUGCAGCACGGAGCAGCAGCUGCAGCAAGUAGUGAGCAUGCUGCGGUCUGGGGACGUGUUGCAAUGUGGCGGCGACGAGGCAGCGGCAGAAGCAGCGGUAGAAGCAGUUGGUGGCAGGGCUGCGACAGGAAGCUGAGCUGGGGCAUUGUGAAUUGAUUCAAAUACACUCGUCCACAUGGUUGUGUGGCACUGUGCAGCAUGUUCAAGGCCUGUACUAUUGGCCGUUAAGCGCAGAAGCGUAC